GAAAAGGGUGACUGGGAAGCAGCCCGGGUUUGGGGGCGGAUCCCGGGGGCCGGCUGCUCCCCGCCCCGCCUGCCGAUAGGUCCGGGCUGGGACACUCCCUCUCCCCGCGGCUGGUGAAGUUCCCGGGCGGCGGCGGAGGGGGCGGCGUGUGGGUCUCGCUGCGGCUCCGUGCGAUCGGUCAGUCUCCCGGCCCGACCCCUGCAGCUGCCGCCACCAUGACGGACCAGUCCCCCUUCGACACCAACGUCGUCACCCUGACCCGCUUCGUGAUGGAGGAGGGGAGGCGGGCCCAGGGCACCGGGGAGCUCACCCGGCUGCUCAACGCGGUCUGUACCUCCGUCAAGGCCAUCUCCACCGCCGUGCGCAAGGCGGGCAUCGCCCACCUCUAUGGAAUAGCUGGUUCCACCAAUGUGACAGGAGACCAAGUAAAGAAGUUGGAUGUCCUUUCCAAUGAUCUGCUGAUUAACAUGCUCAAGUCAUCCUUCACUACGUGUGUUAUUGUGUCAGAAGAAAACAAAAAUGCUAUAAUAGUAGAUGCUGAAAAAAGGGGUAAAUAUAUAGUCUGCAUGGAUCCUCUUGAUGGCUCUUCUAACAUUGACUGCCUUGUUUCAAUUGGAACUAUCUUUGCCAUCUACAGAAAGGCUUCUUCUGAGGAACCUUCUGAGAAAGAUGCUUUACAGCCUGGACGUAAUCUUGUGGCAGCUGGUUAUGCCCUCUAUGGGAGUGCCACAAUGCUCGUGUUAGCCAUCGAAUCUGGUGUCAACUGUUUUAUGCUUGACCCGGCAAUUGGAGAAUUCAUUUUGGUUGAUAAGAAUGUGAAAAUCAAAAAGAGAGGAAAUAUCUACAGUCUCAAUGAGGGCUAUGCUGCAUAUUUUGAUCCUGCAGUCACUGAGUAUCUUCAAAAGAAGAAAUUCCCUCAGGAUGGCAGCUCUCCGUAUGGUGCGAGGUACAUAGGUUCUAUGGUAGCUGAUGUACAUCGUACUCUAGUGUAUGGAGGAAUCUUUUUAUAUCCAGCCAACUCCAAAAGUCCCAAAGGAAAGCUGAGGCUUCUCUAUGAAUGUAACCCCAUGGCCUUUGUAAUUGAGAAGGCUGGGGGAAUUGCUACUACAGGGAAUGAAGCAGUGCUGGAUAUAGUGCCUGAAGAUAUCCACCAGAGAGCACCUAUUGCUCUGGGAUCGCCUGAUGAUGUGCAGGAAUACAUUGACGUGGUCAAGAAGCAUUCAGCCAAGUGAAGUAGUCUUGCUGCAGUACAAAGAAGUGCCUUACAAUGGGACCAAAGAUACUGUGAAGUACUAUUGACUUAAACUAUUGUAGGAAAGCAAGAGAACCAUAUUUUCAUUGUGUUUACCAAAAAGUAAACUGUUAAUAUGUGCAACACAAAUGCACUUUUUUUCCAUUGUGGCAUUAAAAGCAAAACUUUAAGGG